AUGUCGAAUGCGCUCUCCCUCAUAGGCUGGGCCUUCUUGCCCAACCUAGCAACCUCCUGGGUCCAAUCAAUCUACUAUGGCCUCGCGAUCCGCGCCGGCGACCCGAAACCCCAACCCGGCUCCGCGAAAUACGCCAUCCACCGCCGCCGAAUCUACAUCCUCGUCGUCUCCGCCUACCUCCUCUACACCCUGAUCGAAGCCGACCACACCCUCCGCCGCCAGGGCACGUUCUACACCGACCUCGACGUCGCCGCCUCCGCGCCCGUCCGCAUCAUCAAGUCCCGCUUCCGCCGCCUCGCAGCCGUCUACCACCCCGACAAGCAGACCGGCGACUCGUCCGCCGCCGCCGCCCGCUUCAUGCACCUCAAGACCGCCUCCGAGACCCUCUCCGACCCCAACCGCCGCUUCGCCUACGAGCGCUUCGGCCCCGUCGUCGGCAACUGGCAGAACUGCAAGACCGUCUACGACUUCGUCUCCACCGGCGUCUUCUCCGGCACCAUCCCCCACUACGGCAUCGCCGCCGCCGCCACCUACGGCCUCGGCCUGCUAGGCUACCUCGACUGGGGCCGCUACUGGCGCUGGGUCGUCCUCCUGACCUUCUUCGUCGCCGAGCUCAUCGUCGUCACCCGCCCCGAGAUGCCGCCCUACCUCGCCAUGGCCAACACCGCGCUGAGCACCAUCCUGCGCCGCCCGCCGUACCUGCAGUUCCAGCUCGUGUCGCUCGCGCGCCAGGCGGCGGUUACGAUGUAUAUUGCCUUUAGCCAGAUCGGGCCGCUGCUGAACCCGCAGGGCCAGGCGGCGCAGCGGGCUGCCGAGGGAUCGGCGGCUGCUGUCGACGAGGGCUUGCAGAGGCUUGAGAACUUGGUUCGCGGGCUGGACGGCGAGGCGAACCGGUUGCUGGACAUGGAGAUGACGCCGUUCAUAGGCGACAAGGAGGCUCUGGGCAGUGUGCGCGCCAAGGUCAAGGAUUGGCUCGUGCAGAACACGAUUCGGGCGGAUCCGAUGGUUAGAGAUGCGAUGGGCAACUCAUUCCGCAAGAGGAGAGUUGAUGCGCCUGCUGGCGCGAAGGGCAACCGAACGUGA